GUGUCUCCUCAGCCCUCAUUCAAAACAGAACACAGCUGUUGCGAGGCGCAGCGUCGUGUCCUGCACGUUAGCCCACAAACUGUUAGCUGUCUGCUGCUUUCUGAUAUACCCACUGGAAUAUCAGAAGAAGAAAACGGCGCACUUCGACAGCAGCAGGAGCCUGCCUCAGAGAAAGACGGGACUCGACGGACCGAGACAGCAAUACAGAACAACAGGCUAACCUCACCUGCAACACCAUGCACAUCUGACACACAACUCAGGGCCGGGGCGGGCUUUGCUGCAGCUGAGGAUGAUGUAUGGUCUGGUGCGCUAGAGCUAGAUGGUGUGCGAAUGAUGGACCUCCCUAAUGGCCAAUCAAGCAUCACCACCACCGCUGCAACGGUCUCUGAGAAGAGCAGCAGCUCAGAGUCUCUCAGCGAUAAGGGUUCUUCGGACCUGAAGAAGAGUUUUGAUGCCGUGGUGUUCGAUGUGCUGAAGGUCACUCCCGAAGAAUAUGCAGGCCAGAUUACGCUCAUGGAUGCUCCGGUGUUCCAAGCCAUCCAGCCAGAGGAGCUGUCGAGCUGCGGCUGGAACAAGAAGGAGAAGCACAGCUCUGCUCCAAAUGUUGUGGCCUUCACUCGCAGGUUCAACCAGACGAGUUUCUGGGUGGUACGAGAGAUCCUCCAUGCGCAGACGCUGAAGAUCCGCGCUGAGGUGCUGAGCCUGUACAUUCGCACUGCCAAGAAACUAUGUGACAUGAACAACCUCCAUGCGGUCAUGGCUGUCGUGUCAGCGUUACAAAGUGCCCCCAUCUUCAGGCUUACCAAAACGUGGGCGUUACUGAGUCGGAAGGACAAGGCAACAUUUGAUCGCCUCGACUACCUGAUGUCCAAAGAAGACAACUAUAAACGUCUGAGAGACUUCAUAAGCAGCCAGAGCAUGGUCUCCUGUAUACCAUACCUAGGGAUGUACCUGUCUGAUCUGACAUAUAUAGACUCCGCCUACCCCUCCACAGGCAGCAUACUGGAGAACGAACAGAGAUCAAACCUGAUGAACAAUAUUCUCAGAAUCAUAUCGGACCUGCAAAGAUCCUGUACCUACGAUGUAACCGUGUUGCUUCAUGUACAGAAGUAUCUGAACUCCGUCAGGUACAUCGAGGAGCUGCAGAAGUUUGUGGAGGACGACAAUUACAAGUUGUCACAGAAGAUUGAGCCAGGCACCAGCACACCACGAGCAAACGCCUCCAAAGAGGAUCUUGUCGGCCAGGAAGCGUCAGCAUCUCCUCUCUGCGGCCGUAAAUGUACGGUAGCAGCUGAAGGAACCAAAGUCCCGGCCACACCGCCCUCCCCCAGGAACCUGCUGCCCUACGGACACAGGAAGUGCCACAGCCUGGGCUACAAUUUCAUCCACAAGAUGAAUACAGUAGAGUUUAAAAGCGCUACGUUCCCCAAUGCUGGUUCUCGCCACCUGUUGGACGACAGUGUGAUGGAGAGCCACAGUCCCACCAGGGGGCAAGCAGAGAGCUCAACUCUGUCCAGUGGUAUUUCACUUGGUAGCAGCGAGGGCUCUGAGCUCAGUGAGGAGGUGUCCUGGCCAGCUUUUGAGAGGACUCGGUUCUAUCACUCUCUGGGCCCAGUCACCCGUGUGGCCCGCAUCCCCUACAGAGGAGUCCUGAGGCCCAGCAGCUCAGCGGAGUCAGAGGAGCUCGCCGUUCACUUGUACCCCGGAGCAGUCACAGUGCAGGGGGUGUUGAGACGGAAGACUGUGCUCAAGGAGGGCAAGAAACCAACCGUGGCAUCAUGGACCAAAUACUGGGUCGCUCUGUGCGGAACCCAGCUCUACUACUACACCGCCAAGUCCCUGAAGGCCACUGAGAGAAAACAUUUCAAGUCGACAUCCAGUAAGAGCGUGUGUGUAGUGGGUCUCAUGGCCAUGAUGGCUGACGAUCCCGAGCAUCCUGAUGUCUUCUUGCUGACGGACUCCGAGCAAGGUAACACCUACAAGUACCAAGCAGGGAACAGAAUGAACGCUUUGCUCUGGUUCAAACAUCUGAGCGCUGCCUGCCAGAGCAAUAGGCAACAGGUGCCAGCCAAUCUGAUGUCAUUCGAGUGACCGAUGCUGAGGAGUGUAACUGAGCAAAGGGAGAGAGGGAUGAGGAAACAGACGAGGAGGAUGAGGAGGAGUAUUGAUGACUCAGUAGUGGGAGCUUUCACUGCCAUGAGCCCUGACCGCCGAUUCUCCGAUUCUAACCCCGGCCUCACUGCAGCCUCACCUGCCGCCACUGCCUUAACCAGUACUCUGUGUGUGUGUGUGUGUGUGUGUGUGUGUGUGUGUGUGUGUGUGUGUGUGUGUGUGUGUGUGUGUGUGUGUGUGUGUGUACUGACUACUGAACAAGGACCUGCACCACUGCUCUUUUCUCCCAUUUGCUCAGUGUCUUUUGUUUUUACUGUGCAGCACUUCAGUGGAGCCAUUCGACUUCUCCUCUUCUCUCACAGACAGACUGUCCUCGGAUGGACAAAAAUAAUCCUCCUUUUUUUUUUUUUUUUUUUUUUUUUUUUUUAAGGGGUUAACUAUUUUUAUUUGUGUCCCCGCCAUGCUCAAAUGCAAGAUAGUCACCUUUUAAUCGGCUGGACACACAAUCACAAACACGCGCACUCCCAUCGGACUAACCCAUUGGACUUUUGGAGGGUUUGAAAACACUUUUUUACUUACUCUGUUCCUACUUGCAAUUGUUGGUCUCUUCAUUCACUUGUGUUGGCUUGGAGUCACAUGCUUAUUUACAUGAGCCACGCACUCACACUCUCUCACACACUCACACACACACACACCGGCCUAUUUGAUCGUGUUGUAAGGGCUCUGAUUCGCAAUCAAUUCCAGCAGAAACAAUUUCCCCACUUCCUGAAUGUGUCUAGUUUUUAUUACAGAACUCUGCCCGCCUUUUUUCUCAUAUACUCGCUAAGUGUUCUGAACGUAUGUGUGCGUGAUUGUAUAACUGCAUUGUUUGACGAGCGUUGGGAGGGCAAAUAUUUGCUUAAAUUACAGGAAUCUCGUCUGUGUUCCACAUAGGUACGAUCGUCCCAGAAUCUAAGCUAAGACGUGUUCACAGUUGGGUAGACGAGAGUUAAUUCUUUUUACGAACCUGUAUCUUUUGUUUUUCUCCAGUGUUGUCUGCUGUCUGUCAGCGGACGCUCGCUUUACCAGACUCACACACAUACUUAACACUAAAGACUUGAAACUGUGAAAGGGUCCAAGAGAGAGAGAGAGAGAGAGCAACGAUAACUCCUAAUACAUGAUUUUAUCUCCUCUUCUGUCUUGUUGCUUGAUAUGGUCAGAGCCUCUGGUCUGAAGCAGACAUUCAAAGCUACCUGGAGCCAUACGGAGUCUACUUUAAAUCUUGUUUGUUUAUAUUGUUUUGUGUUACAUUUUUUUUUCCCCUUUUUUGGGAGGGAUGGUGCAGUUCACAGUAUUACCAUGUAGUAGAUGAUUGCACAUCAGUGUAGUUUUGUCUGUUACAUUUUUUUGUUUUCUUUCUCCCCUUUUGGAGCAGUUAUUUUGAAUAUUUUAUGUACAUGUGAAUUUUAUUUUUUCAAAAUGUUGCCCCUUAUUCUAUUAACCAGGACCCAGCUCAAUUUUAGGCCCUAACUGUGUUACAUCUGAUUUGGAAUAAGCACCUUGGUUAUAAUUUGUGCCAAGUGAUGUAACAUCACUGUUUUUCUUCAGGUGGACGCAACGUUGCAGGAGCUGCAGUGGAAUCAGAUGUAGGUAUAGGCAUGUAACAGCCAGGAAAACCUGGGAUUAACAGUUCAUCACUGUGCAUCACCGAUGUUUCACGGUGUCGCAAACGGACUAUUGCCGUUUUGUUUUCAUUGGGGAGCUCAUUGCAUCCAAAUGAACAAGUGUGAUCAGGAUGGUGGAGAUGACAAUGAUGGGAGGCUUUUCGCCCAGUAAUAUUCAUCAAAUGAUGUCUUUUUCUUCUUCUUUUUUUAAAACCGCUGUUUACAUUGUAUGUUUACACAAUCUUUUGCCCAAAAUCACAAUCCCUUCAGUGCUCCACAUGUACUGUGUAAACCUUAGUAUUACAGUAUGUAGAAAGACAUGUCCUGCCUAUCAAUGGGGUAUAUCAAGCUCCGAGUUAGUUUCAUGCUGUCGAUAAGGAGUGAUGGGAUGGAGAGGUGAACAAAUCCAUACUCGCAGCACUGGAUCCCCUCUAAUGUGCUUCAGUCUGUCUUCUCCAGGCUAAUAUCCAGUCGAUAGAGGCACAAUGAUGUUUUUACUCUGUCCUCAACACAAUAUACAAGUCAACAAUUCAACUUUUUAGGUCAGACAAACCACACCAAACUGACAAUUUAGUGCCCGUAAAGAGAUGUUCAGUCCUUUUUAUAUUAACGGAAGGAGGGUAGUAGUGGAUGAACCUGUGGAAGAGUGAAUGAGGAAUCCAAAAUACAGGCAAAUGUAAUAUGUGUAUGCAUUUGUGUGCCUGUGCACACUUAUCUAUUUUUCUAAAACAUUGUAAUUUAAGCCACAUAGGGGAAUCCCUCGUGGGGUGACCAGCUACCUAAUCUUCCGUGCGACUGACUGCCAGCUCAGGCCACAACUCCGCGCUGGCUUGUGUCAUACUGAAAGUGUGAAGAAAAAGGACUCAUGAGCAGAUAAGAAGUGAAAAGUAGUAGUCAUCUGUGACCACUGUGGCCUGUGAAAGCGCAUUUUGCUGCACAAUGGAGCAGAGACCGUUUAGAAGGGACAAAAUCCCAGAGCUGAAGCACUAUGGAGACUGAUCAUCGCUGGUGUUUGAAUCUGAUUGGUUGGCUGGGGACACAGUUUCUGCGAUUGAAAUGGGUGAGACAGAAUUUGGGGUCAGGAGGAGUUAGAGACUGUUUACCUCUGUAUAUCUACAGAUGGUGGAGCUUAUAACCGGCUGUCAUUUGCAAUAUAUUGACACAUUGGAGCAGUUAAACAAGAAUUGAUGCGGUCUCCAAAAAAGGACUGUAAACCGAAGGAGCUGGGAUGUAAACAAACCCGACGCAGACAGUCAACAUUACGUCACAUUUCCCUUCUUUCUAUUUACUUUAUCUGAUGUGAAGAGAGAUGUAACUGAUGUGGUUGAGUUACAAGUAUAUAUACAUAACCAGACCUUUUUUUUGGGGGCGGGGGGGCAUCUUUGGAGGUUUAUUUGAAUCCGUUUGGGUUUAGCAAUCCUUUCCUCGAGAAUUACCCAGAUCAUGUUGAGCGUUUUUUGUGAGGUUUUCCCUCGCUGUAACCUGAGUUUACACAAUUGUCUUUGUUUUAUUAUCCUUGUUGUACAGUGUACAGUGCUGUCAACAUAUUGGAAACACAUUUCAUUUUGGGAUGUUUUGUGGUUUUAGUCAACUCAUUUCUUAGGAUUUCAAGGCCAAUCACUACUAGCAUAAUAACCACACAGUCAUCUAUUUUAGGAUGAGAGUGGAAAAUUCAAAUGUCAGGCGCUCCUCAUUUAAGAUCAUUUUUGGCUAUAACAAAGAAACUUGAUGCCAUGCUUGAAAAUUCCUCCUUUCUGUGGUGAGAGUUUGUUUCCUUUAAAUUGACCAUACUAUGUACAAAUGCACAAUUUGCCCUGUAUGAACUGUUUUGAGUGAAUCUGCCUUCUGAAUUCAUUAUUUUAACAGUUGAGAUGAAGGUUUUGACCGGUGGAAGCGUUUUCAGCGUGGUUAUACUGUACAAUGUGUUUGUCCUCUGAUUUGGUGGAGAAGUGGAAUCAAUGUGAAUCUGGACAGGCAUCAUUCACUGUUUACCAAGGCCAUCAACAACAAUAACCAUUGUUCAUGUCGCUGAAGGUGACGAGGGUGAUGUGUAGAUGACCUUUGACCUCCACCCUUUACCUGGCUCUGUCUGCCCUGUGUCAUAACUGUGGCGAGCGCUGUGACCUCACUGCUGAGUGAUGCGCUUCCUGGUGUGAAGACUGAGAACCAAUAAACACUCUGCCCUUUUUUUUUUUACUCCA